AUGUUGAAAUCGGAACCCAGCACCAUGUCGGGCAAGACUGUGAUCAAAGGCAACCCCUCGCAGUACGUGAAGUUGAACGUGGGGGGCUGUCUUCACUACACCACAAUUGGGACGCUGACCAAGCACGACACGAUGCUGCGGGCGAUGUUCAGCGGCAGGAUGGAAGUAUUGUCGGAUUCGGACGCAGGUUGGAUCCUGAUUGACCGCUGUGGGAAGCACUUUGGGGCCAUUUUGAACUUCCUGAGGGACGGCAGCGUGUCCCUCCCUGAGAGCAGCAAAGAAAUCGCCGAACUGUUCGCCGAGGCCAAGUAUUACUGCAUCCAAGAGCUGGCCGAGUCGUGCACUCAGGCCCUGGCCAAGAAGGAACGGAACGAACACGACCCCCUGUGCAAGGUCCCGCUCAUUACCUCACAAAAGGAGGAGGAGCUCCUGAUAAGCUCAACAACAAAGCCGGCGAUUAAGCUGCUGAUAAACCGCCACAACAACAAAUAUUCCUACACCACGACUUCCGACGACAAUUUGUUGAAAAACAUCGAACUGUUCGAUAAGCUGUCGCUGUGGUACAGCAAGCGCGUUCUGUUCCUCAAAGACGUGAUAAGCACCAGCGAGAUCUGCUGCUGGGUCUUCUACGGCCACGGCAAGAAGGUCUCGGAAGUGUGCUGCACGUCGAUUGUGUACGCGACUGAUAAGAAGCACACGAAAGUCGAGUGUCCCGAGGCUAGGAUUUACGAAGAAACGCUUAAUAUUUUGCUUUACGAGAACAGGAACGCCCCCGACCAGGAGUUGAUGCAGGUUACGUCGACUCGGGGGGCUGUCUCUGGCAUGUCUUCCUACACGAGCGACGAGGAGGAGGAGCGCUCCGGGUUGGACCGGCUCAGGUCGAAUAAGUCCAAUAAUCAAGCCUAACUAUUGUCUUAUUUGUUUAAAUUGGUCGGGUUUGGGCCACACCUGUGCUAGGUUUUACGUUGGUAGGACUGUACCAACCUGAUCUCGAGAUUCCAAAGCGGUGACUGAUUUUUUCGUAAAACUGUGGCCUAAAUGCGGUGACUAAUUUAACUCAAGUUCAAGCUUGAACAGUAUUUGCGUAAUAGAGUUAUUUUCAUAAUUGAUACACUUUUUAAGGCUUGAAUUGUGGAGAACUUUUAGUUCUUCGUAACCCGAACGUACUUUUAUUUUUCAAGCUUAAAAACGGUGUCGAUUUUGAAGUAUUUUUGCGAUUACCCGAGAUUUUAGCAGCUGUUGAGCCCCUAGAUGAAGAGUUGUGAUAUUUUAGAGCAGAUUAGGAGGCAAUUCAGUGUUUUAAAUUAAAGAAUCAAGUAUGUACUAGGUUAUUUAUUGUACUUUAUUAAAUUACAAAAGAAGAAACUAAUCGUGUAACAGUUUUUGUUGUCGCAUUGUUUCUCACAGAUCUUUGAUAAACUAUGUACUCUAAUAAAAAUAAAGUGUUUAUUUGCAA